AUGCAAAAGAUUCACAAGAUCGCUCUCGGCCUGCUCGCUGCGGCGGCAGUUGCCACGGCGUCCGACGUUAUCCAGUUGAAGAAGGACACCUUCGACGAGUUCGUCAAGGAGAACGACCUCGUCCUUGCUGAGUUCUUCGCCCCGUGGUGUGGUCACUGCAAGGCGCUCGCGCCCGAGUACGAGGAGGCCGCCACCACGCUCAAGGAGAAGAACAUCAAGGUCGUCAAGGUCGACUGCACAGAAGAGGCCGAGCUCUGCCAAGAACAGGGCGUCGAGGGCUACCCGACCCUCAAGGUCUUCCGUGGUCUUGACAACGUCACGCCCUACAAGGGCCAGCGCAAGGCCAAUGCUAUCACUUCCUACAUGGUCAAGCAGUCGCUGCCCGCCGUCUCGGAGGUCACCAAGGACACCCUCGAGGAGUUCAAGAAGGCCGACAAGGUUGUCAUUGUCGCCUACCUCGACGCCGAGGACAAGGCGUCGAGCGAGGUUUUUGGCGAGACCGCCGAGAAGCUCCGCGACAACUACCCCUUCGGUGUGAGCACCGAUGCGGCCCUGGCCGAGGCUGAGGGCAUCAAGGUCCCCGCCGUCGUCCUCUACAAGGACUUCGACGAGGGCAAGGCCGUCUUCUCCGAGAAGUUCGACGCCGAGGCGAUUGAGAAGUUCGCCAAGACUGCCGCUACCCCCCUCAUCGGUGAGGUCGGCCCCGAGACCUACUCCGACUACAUGUCGGCUGGCAUCCCCCUUGCCUACAUCUUCGCGGAGACCGCGGAGGAGCGCAAGGAGCUCAGCGAGAAGCUCAAGCCCGUCGCUGAGGCCCAGCGCGGCGUCAUCAACUUCGGCACCAUCGACGCCAAGUCGUUCGGCGCGCACGCCGGCAACCUGAACCUCAAGACCGACAAGUUCCCCGCCUUCGCCAUCCAGGAGGUGGUCAAGAACCAAAAGUUCCCCUACGACCAGGAGAAGGAGAUCACCCUCGAGGCGAUCCAGACCUUUGUCGACGACUUCGUCGCCGGCAAGAUCGAGCCCAGCAUCAAGUCGGAGCCCAUCCCGGAGAGCCAGGAUGGCCCCGUCUCCGUCGUCGUGGCUAAGAACUACAACGACAUCGUCCUCGACGACACCAAGGACGUCCUGAUUGAGUUCUACGCCCCGUGGUGCGGGCACUGCAAGGCGCUCGCCCCCAAGUACGAGGAGCUCGGCUCCCUGUACGCCAACAGCGAGUUCAAGGACCAGGUCGUCAUCGCCAAGGUCGACGCCACCGCCAACGACGUGCCCGACGAGAUCCAGGGCUUCCCCACCAUCAAGCUCUACCCCGCCGGCGGCAAGGCCGAGCCCGUCACCUACUCCGGCCCCCGCUCCGUCGAGGACCUCAUCAAGUUCAUCGCCGAGAACGGCAAGUACAAGGCGUCUGUCGCGCAGCCCGAGGCUGAGGAGGCCACCGAGGCGGCUGAGGAGCCCGCCGCGGAGACCAAGACCGCCGAGGAGGCCAAGGAGUCGGACCACGAUGAGCUCUAA